AGAGCUGGAAAACCGGCAGGACAGUAGCCCCCCCAGGCCCGGAGUUGGAGACCCCUGGACUAGACGAACGUAGCUUCGGUUAGCCUCGUCUUGAGUGUCGCAUCAACUUCAAUAGACUCCGAUCUCCGCCUGGUUGGUCUGGAACCUAGACCGAGUUAAGACUACAAUCUCAGUGAGACGUGACUAAAUCCUCCACGUAGUUACUGUGUACUGGAACCCGGACCUCCUUAGACCAGACCGAAAUCGACUAAAGUUAGGAUCUAAGUUGGGCUCGAAAGUAUACAAAGGUUAUGUAACCUAAACCAAGGAGGACAAGAACAGAGGCCGAGUUAGACCAGGACCUAUACCUGGUGGGACUAGACAUAUUUAGGUUGCAGUCUAUAAAUAGUGAGCUAAACCUCGCACCCGACGGACUCCGUCUCAGACUUGACAUAUCCUAGGUGUAGUGCAUCGAGUUCGGCCCAGCCUCCACCAAGUCAGACUCCAACUUUGUGCUACUUUGACUAAACCACACCGUGGUUGACUCGAAUUUAAACUUGAUGAGGUCAGAAACGAAGCCGAGUUGGAGUUGAACCUAAAACCGAAACCUAGCCAGGCUACGAGGACGCAAAACUAGCUGGAGUGGGAUCUACAGCAAUGGAGAGCUGCGACCAAGUGAAAGCGCCUCACCAACGUCCCUCGCGGACCGUCCCGUGACAUCGAACCCUCGUCUUCAACAUCAUUUUCACCAUCAUCAUCAUGUUGCGGGCUUCUUCUUCAUCUUCAUCAUUAUCAUCAUCCAUCUCUGACAUCUUCCAUACGAACACGUCAGCCAGUGACAUCGUUCACGGAAUCGUCGAGAGAAUUCCAUUGCCAACCUGGGCCGUCUACGUGCUGGCCGCGGUGGGCGCGGUCGUAUUCUUGCUGGUGGUGUGUUGCGUGUGCGCAUGCUGCUUCAGAAGCCGUCGGAAGAAACGACGGCAGAAGCCGCCGGAGCCCCUGGUGAAUCUCCGGUCGCCCGGCGGCCAGUCCAAAGGCAAGCUGGUUCAACCCGGCGCGGGCGACGUCAACUCCGGCGCCUCCGAGCAGCCGCGGGGCAAACUGCUGUACUCGCUGGAGUUCAACGCCGCUCUCUCCGAGCUGAUGGUGGGCGUGAAGCAAGCGAGCGGCCUGAAGGCCAUGGAUGUGGGAGGAACUUCCGACCCCUACGUCAAGGUCUACCUCCUGCCCGAUAAGACAAAGACCUGUGAGACCAAAGUUCUGAAGAACACGCUCAACGCCACCUUCAACGAGACCUUCACCUUCCAGAUCUCCAAGGCCAAUUUGAUGAAGUCGACGGCUGUACUUCAAGUUUUCGACUUUGACCGCUUCUCCAAACACGACAUCAUUGGAGAACUGCGCCUAAAACUCGGGCAAGUAGACUGGAAUCACGUCAUCGAGGAGUGGAGGGACCUCAACGAGCCUGCCGACAUGGAGGAGGAGAACCUCGGUGAGAUCUGCUUCUCUCUGCGUUACGUUCCGACAUCCAGCAAACUAACCGUGGUCAUCCUGGAAGCCAAAAACCUCAAGAGCACCGACCUGGAUGGAAGCUCAGGUUAGUAAUCCGGCGAAGUGCGACUCCCUGUCCUCAAGGGGGCGUGGCCCGGUACCUC